UCUGUCAGAAGUGUGAAAGUUUUAGCUGCUCAUCUAAUAUAAAAUGUAGUUAUUGAAUGGAGCUUAACAUUGUGCUCUGUGUAUACAGGUGGCCCUUGUUAUUCGCGGGAGUUCCACUUUCGCCUAUUAUUAUGAGUUUGGAAACCGUGAACAAAGAACCUUUACCCCGUGGGAAUCUAGGGGUUAUGUUCCUACACACAAACACACAAAAUGCCAAAAAGGUGGGAGAAAUAAGAGUAGAAAUGAAUAGUACCUUGGACUCAAGGGUUCCAGAAAUUGGCACAAUUUUAGGUAAAAUAUUCACCAAAGCAUUUUUUUGUUUGUUUGCCCAACCACCAAAUUGGCUAAAUUUUUGAUGAAUAUUUGCCAAAACAUUUUUAAAUGGAAAGAGCCUCAAAAUGGCUCUGUGUAAAAUGGCAGCCAGAAGUAAUCCUGGAAGUCAUUUCUGGCCACUCACCAACUGUGAAUAGGCACAUUUUAGCCUAUUGUUGUACCAUGGUCUCUUAAGACCUGUUCAUGAAUGCACAAAACUGUGGGUGUCAGGACCAUGGGCAACAAGGGCCACCUGUACAUAUAAAAAGUUAACCUAAUAUUUGUAUUUUAGAGCUCACGUUCUGCUGGAUGCCAUCAUAGGUAGCAUAAAUUAGAUGUGUCCUGUGGGAAUAUCUUUGGCACUAUACUACUGAGCAUUCCUUGAAAUUCUGCAGCACGUUUGUUUAUUUAUUUAAUUUAUUUUUUACAUUUUAUAUUCCGCUCUUCCUCCAAGGAGCCCAGAGUGGUGUACUACAUACUUAAGUUUCUCCUCACAACAACCCUGUGAAGUAGGUUAGGCUGAGAGAGAAGUGACUGGCCCAGAAUCACCCAGCAAGUCUCAUGGCUGAAUGGGGAUUUGAACUUGGGUCUCCCCAGUCCUAAUCCAGCACUCUAACCACUGUACCACGCUGGCACGUUGCUUUUAGUUUCAAUCUAAUUUCUUGAAUAAAAGCAGCUGCUCUUUUUAACAUACCCUUUUAGUUACUGAGGUAUUGUAUGGUUUAAUUCAUGUUUUUUACACUCUUAUCUGUCAAUUUAGGAUAUGUACAAGUAGUGGGUUGUUAAAUAGUGAAUAAUAGUGACGUUUUAAACCGUUAGCUUUACGGUUUUGAUUCUUUGUCUUGUAAACAGUUCUCUUCCAGAGCACAGUUGUGUCUGUACAAAACCUAGUGCAUGAAUAGCACAUAAUUGCUCUGUUAGAAACUGGAACAGCUUGGCACACCAUGUGCAAUGGUUCUGCGAGAACACCUCACAUGAUGCUUCAUGACAACUUGCCACCCAUGUAGCACAGUGUGUGGACAAGGCCUAAGCAUUUUGUCAAUAAGAAAAAGGCAGUUUGUUCCCAAGCUGUAUGUUUUAUUCCUGAGGGCAGAAUCUCAGAAUGACAGCAUUAAAAUAGAGAUCUGCCCUAAAUUGUGUGUUUGAAGGUUUUCUCCUCAGGAGCAGCUAAGCUAACAAAGGUUGUAAACAUAGAUUCUAUGGGAAACAGCUGCAGAAUGUUGUGGAAUAUCAUUCAUAGCAGUGCAGAUUUUAGCUGGAGAUUAAUUUUUAAAUUAUUAUUAUAACAUCUGAAGCUGCUCAGGAAAUAAAUUUGGUUCAAGAGUAGGAUAUAAAUGCUUAAAAUUUUUUUUUUAAAAAGCCUAGUGCUAACAGUAUUGAGUAGCAGUGGGUUUUAAAAUAAUCUUUUCAGGGUCUGAGGCAACAUAUUUUCUUCACCCUACUGGAGGCUCUUUGUGCUCUCUAUGCAUCCACACCUAUGGGAUUUACACCUGCAGAAAGCUUUGUUCAGAACCUUCUAGAGCUUAGCAUUGAGUGUUGGUGUGAACUCUACCCCUGUGGGUUGAUAGCACAUGCUUAGGUGUGGCCCACACCUUUUCCCUCAGUUCUGGGAUUGAGUGGGAUUGUCCUUGCCAGAAAGCAAGAAGCAGAAACUAAAAAUAAACAGUCACAAGAAUAGGAGGAGCAAUUACUAUGAACAAGACUUUAAAAAGUUCAAUACUUCCACAACUGAAGGAUGCUUUGUGAAAUAUUUCUAGCCCCGCUUCCUGAGAACUGUUUUUGGCCCAGGAAUCCAAAUGGGUGAAUAUUUGGCGAUGCCCUAGUUUCAAGUAAAGCUGAAGAACUGGAUGUUUGUGGAAUAUAGAUGGGGAUGAGUACAAUCUCUAGAAGUGGGAUUGCUGGAGAAUAAAUUAACCACAGCAAUUUUACAAGACAUUUGGUGUCAGGUGAGGGGUGACGUUAAUGGCCUUUCAGCCUCAGCUUAUGAGAUGGAAGUCAGAGCCAGUCCAGAUCUAAAAUGGAGAGCAUCCUCAUCCUGACUGCUUAUUGGCCAGGGAGGCAGAGCUUUGAAACAGGAUUAUAGCUUUGAGCCCUUGACUUUGGAGCUGCAGCCUGUUCACCGUUGCCAAUGGGCUUAAAAGCUUAAGAAAACUCCCACUAGGUACCCAGGAAGCCUCUUAGUGUAAAAGUUGGCAACAUAGUGGGAUCAGCUGUUCUGCAUUUAUCCCACUGCUGUGCAGCCUGAGUGAGCACUGGAGCUAAAGUGGUGAUGCUUCUGGGAAUAGCAUCAAGAACUAGCUGGUUUGUUAGCAGAUAGUAAUGCUGACGCUGUUCCUAAGCUUGUGAUCUCAGUCACUUAGGGCUGUGCGAAGGUAAGCGACCAAGAAUGCUGGACUUUUGUGCCCAUUGGCAAAGGACAUGCAUUCUCAGUGUGUAUUCAAGUGGCUUUCUGUAAAGAGGGGAAAAAAUCAGGCUGCUUAUGAAGUAUCUGUGUUUUCUGAAAGUGAAAUCCUGAGCAUCAUUUUCAGCAGUGAAUACAAAUAUGAUGAGUAUGUGUGUGUGUAUAUAUGUGUGUAUAUGUAUGUGUGUGUGUGUGUGUAAAUCUAAAACUCAGGGGUGGGCAGAAGAUAGAUACUAGCAACAGCCAUUGGAGGGAUGCUUUGUUGGGGAUGGAUAGGGCCAGUUGCUUUUUCGCAAGGGCCAGUUGCUUUAGGGCCAGGCGCCUUUUUCGCUCAGCAGUGGGUGGUGUUGCCUAAGCUUGAAGUCUGUCUUUGUAUCUUUGCCUGCAUGUCCUGUGGACACAUAUCAACACUCUGUUCUGUCUGGGUAGGUAUAAUGUGAGAUAAAGUCACAAAGGCAAAAUAUUAACUGCCUGUUCCCCCCCGUGUUUACUCCUCAUUUACCCCUCAUUUUUGUUACAUCUGACAUGUGCAUUUAAGUGCACACACUUCAGAUUACUUAUUUCAGAUUUAUUAACCCCUUAAUACAUACAUAUCAACAACCCUUUUGCAUACAGUACCAGGUUAAUGUCCUUUACAUGAUUGUGUAUGGUGUGGUGGUGGUUCUAGUGCACAUUUGUAAAUAUGAAACUAGAAAUAGAUCGCUAUUCCAGAUUACUGCAGAAUUUUAAAAUGUGAUAAGUUGUCUGUCGAACAUUGAUGAACUCAUUCAGGCACCACCAGACUGAUGCUGGUAAUAUAACAGUUCGGCAGGAAUAAAUGCAGGCCUGCAGCUGGGCUUCUUUUGGUCCGAGGAAGUCUGGAGGCUAUACUGUGUUUAAGGGGACAGUGCACAGUUAGUUAAUACAAGGGUGGGCAAACGUGGCCCUCCAUCUGUUGUUGACCAUCACCCCCAGCCACAAUUUAUUGUGGCUGGGAAGUUGUAGUUCAACAGCAGUGGAGGACCAGGUUUGUCCACUCCUGAGUUAAUAGAUACAUCUUCCAUGUUUGGGAGGGGAAACUCAGAAUGUUAAGCCCCAGAAAGCUCAUAUCUGUUGUACAUUCAUCUGGCAUAUACUUAUAAACCUAAAUUGUCUAAUUUAUUCUUUCCUGGGCAAAUUGAUUUGUCUGUGGGGCAGAAAGCAAAGCUUCUCUGUGUAUUGUUGGUAGGCUUCAUCUUGUCUCCUACUAGGAUGCCAUAGCUAUCUUCAGCACAAUGUACUCAGUGGGAAGUCUGUGCCACUCUUAUCCUCUCUCAUUUAAAACAUGGCCUGAUACCCCUUUCAACCCGAUACCCCUUUCAAUAAUCAAAACAGACAUAUGGGUAAGCAGGAUAGAUCCUCUGCUUGGGAGGAAAAGGGAUUAUUUGAAGGGGUGGGUGGGACUAUUAGCGUAGUGGGAGAGAACAGCAUGGUCUCCAGAUGCUUUGUCUGCUGCCACAAAACUGCCUAGAAUAUGGAGAUUCUGAGCUCAUGGAUUCUCUUAUUAACUCUGCUACUAAAUAAGAGCCUCUUUUCUAAGGCCUGAAAAAAGGGUGCUGUGUGUUGUCAAGCAUAUUUAACAGUAUGGAAAAGCAUUGAGAGCACCGUAGGAUACCAAAAGUACAUUAGUUUGCUAUGCAAAUAAUUUUUGUAUAGAGCAGGCAAGCAGUUAACAAUUUGUAGGUUUUAAAUCAUGUUCAAAAACCUUCUGAUGUUAAAUACUGUUACAGUCGAAUGCAAACUUUUUAUACUCUCUCAGUGAGGCUUUACUGAUUAUAUAAGAUAUACUAGUAAGCUAAUAGGAAAAUAUUUGAAGUAUUCUUCUGAAUAUUUUACUGUGGUUCUUUGAAAUGUUACAUUGUUUAAUAGAAUAUACUAAAUGUGGGCACAUAGAAGAAAAAGAAAAAGAAAAACAGAUGAAAUAAUCUUGGUGUUACUUGUAUUGCCCAGAAUGAGUGUAUAGACUUCCAAGAAAAAAAGCAGAAUAAUAUAAUUAAAAGCCCCUCCCACCUUUCUACAUACACAUGCACACACAUCCCAAAUCAGCUGAAAUAAAUAGAGGAAAGAAAGGGAUUGGGAAAACCCAACAUUAUUCAAGAUACACAGUGUUGUAGCCUCAGAUUCCUAGCCCAUUUAUAUAGAUUGCUUAUGUUUUAGGAAAAGACAUUGCCAAGUAAUACCAAUGUAUAUAAUUCCAAAAGGUUUUUCCAAAUGCUGCAGAAUGUUCCUGUUGAGCAAAUGCUAUCUGCUUCAGCAUCUCCUCAGUCUUUUAGCCCUAUUCACACAUUGCACUUAUUCAUAUGACAUGAGCUGCCUGGGUUACCCCAGGCAGCUCACGUCUGAAUUGCUGGGAACCCUGUUGCCCUGGCUGCUCCAGUCUUUGGUAGCCCAGCUCUUCUACCCAGGGCUUUACCGAGGAAAAUUGAACCUAUGGUUUGUUCUAUCUUGGUAGGCAAUCAUGUCUGUGAUCACCCCUAGGUAGCUGGGCUACCUGCCGGCUCGCCACCAUUUUCUGCAGCGAUUCGGGGGAAGGAGCAGCUUCACAAAGCAAAGGGGUUGCGAUACUAAGAGCAGCCAUUCCGUGGCUCGCAUGCUGCAUUCUGGGUCCAUGGAGGACUCAGCAUGAGCUUUUCCCUUCUCGCUGUUACUCCAUAGAUCAUUGCCCCGGCACACGUGGGGGUAUGUGAGCAGUGAAGAACUUGGCACUUGCUGAUUGUCUGCAGGAAGACAGGUUGGAGCCUGUCUCCCCUCCAGCCCUCCAGCGCAUGAGGGAACUUGAAGCAGCUCUGUACAGUGAUGAUGUGGAGUUCAUCAGUGAUUUGAUCUCCUGUCUUCUUCAGGGUUGUUAUCAGCGCAGUGACAUUACAUCUCAGACAUUUCAUGGCUACCUUGAGGAUAUCAUCAACUAUCGCUGGGAGCUGGAAGAAGGGAAGCCCAACCCCUUACGAGAAUCUACUUUCCAGGAGCUGCCGCUACGCACCCGUGUGGAGAUCCUGCACCGCCUAUGUGAUUAUCGACUUGAUGCUGAUGAUGUCUUUGACCUGCUCAAGGGCUUGGAUGCAGAUAGCCUCCGAGUGGAACCACUAGGUGAGGAUAGCAAUGGCGCCCUCUACUGGUACUUCUAUGGCACUCGAAUGUACAAAGAGGAACCCGCAAAACCAAAUGGAGAGCUAGCUUCAGACAGGGGAUGUGGGACACAGACAUGCGCUCCAAACAUUCCUGGAAAAAUAGUAAAGAGACGAGGGCGACCUCCAAAACGGAAAAAAUUGCUGGAAGAAAAUCUUUUGAGAGAGAAGGCAGAAGAAAGUUCAUUUGUGCAAGAGUCACACAUGAGAAAUGGUUCUCAAGGACGAAGUCAUGGAACAUGGUGGCUGCUGUGCCAGACAGAAGAGGAGUGGCGGCAGGUCACUGAAAGCUUCCGAGAGAGAACAUCUUUAAGAGAACGGCAGCUCUAUAAGCUCCUGAGUGAAGACUUCUUGCCAGAGAUCUGCAACAUGAUUGCUCAAAAGGAGAAACGUCUGCAGCGAAUGGAGUUUUCUCCCAGGUGGAUAUCUGAUCGCCAGGACAUCAAACCAAUCCGGCAGGAGGUAACUCCAAUGGUGCUCAGCAGAAUGGAGAAGCAGAGGCAUCGGGAAGAAGAAGAGGAGCGUCAGAUCCUUCUGGCAGUUCAGAAGAAGGAGCAAGAGCAAAUGCUGAAGGAAGAGAGAAAGCGAGAAAUGGAGGAGAAAGUAAAGGCAGUGGAAGAACGAGCCAAGAGAAGGAAGCUCCGAGAAGAGCGGGCAUGGCUGCUGGCCCAAGGAAAGGAGCUUCCCCCAGAACUUUCUCACCUGGAUCCCAGCUCACCUUCUAGGGAGGAGAGAAAGACUAAGGACCUCUUUGAACUGGAUGAUGAGUUCACCGCCAUGUACAAAGUUCUGGAUGUGGUGAAAGCACACAAGGACUCCUGGCCAUUCCUGGAGCCAGUUGAUGAAUCCUAUGCUCCAAAUUACUACCAGAUUAUUAAGGCUCCCAUGGAUAUCUCUAACAUGGAGAAGAAACUAAAUGGAGGCCAGUACUACACCAAGGAGGAAUUUGUGGGUGACAUGAAGACUAUGUUCAGAAACUGCCUUAAAUACAACGGUGAAAAUAGUGAAUACACUAAAAUGGCUUACAACAUAGAGAGAUGCUUCCAUCGAGCAAUGAUGAAGCACUUCCCUGGAGAAGAUGGGGAUACGGAUGAUGAGUUCUGGAUCAGAGAAGAUGGAAAACGAGAAAAGAGAAGCCGUCGAACCAUACGUUCCAGUACAGGAAAUGUUUGGACCCGAUCCAGAGAUUCUGAAGGGCCUGGCAGGAGACAGCAGCAUCUACAAAAUGGAGGGAAACUUCCACCACAUAGGGCAAAACAUCGGGUUCCCACUUCUUCCUCGUCCUCUUUCUCAUCCUCCUCUGCAGAGGAUCCAAGUAGUAGUUCAGUGCAGCCCUCUGGAAAUGUGACUUCUUCCAAUGGCCAAGGCUUCCAGCACUCUCACCAUUAUGAUGGAAUGCCUAGCCGUGUACCUCAUCCUGGGCAGAUGAGGCCAGCAGUACCAGGAACAUUUGGAUCACUGCAUGGGUCUGAUCCAGCAAAACCAUACAGAUCACCACGAGUACCAGAACCACACCCUGGGGAGCCAGGUCAGCAGCACCAGCACUUUGCCAUGCAGCCGACAGUUGGACUGAAUGAUCCUAGAGGACAUCGGCUUCCUGCCCCAGAGAAGCAGGUAUGUGCAGGACCAAUGCACGUCGCCACAAUAGGACCACAGCCUGGAUCCUUGCAGCUUGGUCGGAUAAGUGGCCCUCCCUCAGAUGCUAGUAUGUAUUCUUCUGCACAGUUCCAGCAAGGAUUUCUUUCUCCAAGGCACAAUGGGCCUCCUAUGAGACAACCAGAGACCUCAGAGCUUCCUCCUGGCCAUAUGUACAGACCUUAUAAGUACCUAAACCGAGCACAUCCUGCUGUAUGGAAUGGAAGCCAUGAUGCAGCAAGCCAGAUGGCCCUAGGAGUUGACAAGAAGCCUCCAAUAGGUCCACGCCCCGCUAUGCCACCUCGUGCUUUGAGCCAUAUGGUGGACCCUCGGGCCCUGAGACCACCUUUACCACCCAAUCACUGGACUGAGCAAUCCAAUUUCCUACCUCAUGGAGCUCCACCCUCAGGAUAUAUUCGACAACCAGGAAAAGCCCCUGGACAGAGAAUGCAGCAGCAGCUACCAGCCUCAUUAUUUGCACCUCCUCCUCAAAUGCAGAGAGGAGCCCAGGGUGGGGAUUCCAUGAUGGACAGUCCAGAGAUGAUUGCCAUGCAGCAGCUGUCCUCCCGGGUAUGCCCACCUGGUGUGCCUUACCACCCCCGCCAGCCUCCUCCCCCACAUUUGCCUGGACCAUUUCCACAGCUGGCCCGUGUGGCAUCUACAAACGUUCAGUCUCCAAAACCAGUUUUGGGGAACGGGAACUCUCAAGAUACAGUGGAUCUUGAGAACAAUCAAGUGGACCCUCCAGCAGGAGUGGAAGAGAAAACACAGUGUAUUGGCCUUCCAGAAGGGACGUAUCCCAAGCUGCUACCUCAUUCCAAGCCCCCUUUACAAAUGGAUUGCUCCAGGCAGAGCUUGACACAGGAGGGGGACGGAGAUGAUUCUGGAACUAAAAGUGAUCUGAAAGCAACACAGAGCAAGAGCCUGUGGCCAGCGAAUAGUAACUAUACGAUUCCAGCAGCCCAGGGAUGUGUGAGGGACGUGGCAGCAACGGUAGAGAGAGGGCCUGUGCCUGAAGAUAGUGUUGUAGGUGAAAGGCCCUCCAGUGGUGCAGAAGUAAAAGCAGUGGCUGCUAACAUCUUGGAGAAGCCCCGUUGCACUGGGGGCAAGAAUCUGUUGGAAGCAACUGUGCCUUGCAUGGGACAGAGCACCAGUGCUCCUGCUGCUGUGGAUGGCAGCUUAGUGGGAGGCACUGCUGGCCAGUUUGCCCCGCUCUACAUGCCCAGCCUGGAGUAUCCAAAUUCAGCGACACGUUACCACAUCAAUCCAGGACUGCAGGGGUUUAAUCCUAUUAUGGGAGGGAAGCCUCCUCCAGUGUCCCACUCCCAGCAUUUUUCUGCACGGAGUUUUCAGCCCAACAACAGCCCCCAUGGUGUCUUCCCUCGUUACCAUCCUCACCAGGGAGUACCAUACCCUUACCAGCCUCAGCCACCCCCUUCUUAUCACCACUACCAGCAGCCUCCUUACUAUACUUGUCCACAGGGUUAUUCAGACUGGCAAAGGCCUUUCCCUUCACAGUCCAGUCCCACUAGCCAUCCCCCUGCCCAGUCGCCUCUAACCAGGCCUUCUUUCUCAGACACUCCGACCAUGGGGGGUGGCAUGCAGGGCUGUGAGGUGCUCGGUGCAGCUUUGGCUUCCCCAAACCGAAUGGAUGUGGCAAAUGCCAAAGAGGUCCCAAGUGGUGGGCAAGAACAUCUUCCAGAGGCUGAGAAACCAGAUGAGUCCCAAGAGAGGCCUGAGAGUCCCAAAGAGUUUCUUGAUUUGGACAACCAUAACGCAGCCACCAAGAGACAGAGAUCAGUUGCAGCAGGAGAGUACCUGUAUGCCUCUCCCCCACCGCCCAUAAGUUCUGCAAUUGGAUUUGGCCCAUCUGCUUUCCCACCCCAUGGUGUCAUGCUACAGGCGGGGUCUCCCUAUGUGUCAAGACACCCUGCUGGUCACUUCCAGCCUAGGGCUUAUGGUUCACCAAUGAAUGCUCACUUGUCACAUCACCCAGCUGCCAAUCAAGCCAAUGGCCUUGCUCAUGAAGGUCCUCUGUAUCGUUGCCAAGAAGAGAACGUGGGGCACUUUCAAGCCUUAAUGAUGGAACAGACAGGACGUGGAGGUGGCAUGGGGGGACUCUCCCCAGACAUGUAUAGACCGCCAGGAAUUCACAUACACCAGCCCCAAGCCCCAUUUUCAAAGGUGCCUACAGCUACUCCAGCCCGGGAAGAGCUGCCACCACAAAAAAUAUCAGCAUUGUCUCUCGAUCAAAGCUAGUCCAAGGAUGGAAGAAUUCAAAGGAGACGAGAGUCACAUGUGACUAGAUAAGGACAAAAGGGGACCUGCUUUCUCCCUGCCCCCUUCUUUCCUAGCAGCAUGUAGCUUCCAAAGGCUUGUGGAACAUGGUGCUUCGGUGGUUGUUGGUUAAUAUGGAAUUGUCCUGGGUCUGAGUCAGGCAUAUGGCUGUCCAGAGUGACACAGAGAGAACGUCUCAAACUAAUGACUUUUUUCUGACUAGAGACUUUGGUUUUAUUCAGGGUUUAAAGGGGCUCUGUUUGAAGGACUUGAAACUUUCAUGAACUGCUAAAACUCAGGUAUAUUUUUCAGGGUGAAAAACAGGAGACUAUGGAUAGUACUUGUAUUAAUAUGCGUGUUUGGACCUGAAUCCAGUUUACAGAUUUUUUUUUUAACCUGUUGCCUUUUUUAAAACUUUCUGUUGGUGAAUGUAUUGUACAUUAUUAGGGGUGGGAGUGGUAAGCCCAAAAUGUCAUGGGUGUAGCACUGGGAUGAUCAUAAACUGUUUACAAUCACGUCACACUGAAUUCAGGAGAGGGGUGCAUGCAGAAAGUAGUUGAACUUUAUUUUUCUUUUUAAUUGGCACCACUGAUAUGGUCUGAAGCUGAAACGCUGCCUGGUAACUAACCAUAGGGAUUUCUUGGGAGAAAUCAUGGUUCUCAUCUCUCCUAUGCAUGGGUUGAAUGUGCUGCCAGUCCCUGCCCUCAUAGGAACAAAGAAACCAGGAACUGAAUUUCCUGAAAACAUGGGAGUGCUGUGUGGAACUGUAGCAGCCUUUUUCUCAACACUUUCCAGCUAGGAAUCAGUAUGUCAGUAAGUGAGCACCCCACAACACUUCUUUAGAUGAAGCUGGGGCACAAAGGAAGUGUUGAGUGCGUGCAGGGGAUGGAGUGUGAGAAGAAGAAAAUGCUAGAGUAACAAAAAGGUGUGUGAUGCUGAGAUAAAGAAAAUUCUCAGAGGCUUGAUUAAUAGAACUUUAAUAACAUUUGCAUACGUUAAAGAACAGGUGCAUAUUGAGCUGUUUGGUCUCAGUGUGAUUUGGCUGUUAUGCACCUAUGAGAGCAAGAUGGAAAUCAAGCCCCUCCCCUAAAUUUCACUGCCUGGUGCUAUCUGACAUUGUAGGAUGCAGAGAUGCUUUUUCUGAAGGACACAGUCUUUUGUCCUCUAUGCAAACACUGAAGAAUGUCCGCUAAGAGACAGGAAAAAGAAAACCAGAAUUUAUCUUCACAUUAUACAACUGAGAAUGCCAUGGGACUGGUAGUGUUUUAGUUUUCCUAGUAGGAGAUGUGGGUUUUUAACUCUUCAUUAUGCUGCAAAUACAAUAAAUCUGAAACUUCAAAAGCUGAGGCUGUGAGGGCAACAACAGGAAAUACUGCAUAUAAUUUCGAUGUGUUGGCAGGACUCUAUGGAGGUACCAAAUUGGGAAAAUCAAGGAUGACAGUUUUAAAGGUCUAUACAGACACACAUAAAGGGUUCUUAUGUAACAUCUGUAACAUUGCUAUCAUUUGUCCAGUAUAGGUUACAGAAGCAUAAUAGUUCUAAAAGAGCGUUCUAGCAGUAAUGAGAGGGAACAGGGUUUCCAUAACACCCGUUCCGAAGUAACAUGUUAGUCGCAUACUAGUCUUGGGUGAAUCUGUGGCUCCAGCCUGGCUUGGGAUACAUAUUUAAUAGGAAUGUGAACAUAUUUCCCAGACAUUACUGUGUUAUGCUGAUGGAUGCUAUGGGCCUGUUACUUGUUUUAUUGGAUUGUACCUAGGGUGCAAGGUUGGAAAUAGGCCUGUGCUCAAGCACCCUCUUCCCAACUCCUCUCGCUAUGGCUGGAAGUUAAUUACUGAACUGAAAUAUCCCCUCUUUUUUCAAACUUCUCUGUUCAGUUCUGCUUAUGGUGACAGAAUGGGUGAAGGAGCAUGUGAACAGAGGAAGGGGUGUGUGUGUGUGUGUGUGUGUGUGUGUGUGUGUGUGUGUGUACCUGAAGGAUGGUCCAGCCCUUGUGAUCAGGUUAACAGUCACCUCUCUAGUGGCCAGUGGAGCUGACCUAAUGUAAUUAAAAUAGGUUGGUGCCAUUGUUCCUUCUAAGGUGUGCGCAUGUGUGCAUGCACACACUUUUUAAAGGUUCACUCAGUUAAUUUUAGAUCCUGCUCAGGUUGAACCAGGAAGGCCCCACACUGAAUGCAUGUGUGCACACACUGCCUUGAUACUGCCACCCAGAACAAAACUAAUUCUGCACACACAUGAAAAACAUUAGAGGGAGCACUGUGGUUAGCACUGCCAGGUAGUAUGCUGUUCAUACAUUCUCUAUGAACAGCAAUUUUUCUAGGAAUAUAUGGAGGGAAACAGCUAUUGCACAUAGCCCUGAAAUACUAAACGAAUAAAAUAGAAGUUUCUUUCUUUUCAUACAAUCUUUUUCUCUCACCCUCCCUUCUCCUUUCCCAACUGAACUUCUGUAAGUUGUUUCCGUGAUUGCUAGGAAUUUUAGUCCAGACUUAAUAAGCUCAUUCUGUAAACUCAGGCAAUUUCCAUAUGAAUUAAUUUAAGAUCCAAGGGGGUCUUAUACAUAUAGCCCUAAUUAGCUAUUACACAUGACCGUUCUUCAUCUUUUUCAGUCUUUUGCCAGGUAACUUUGCAAACUGUGACAGAAAAUUGCGUGUGUGUGCUCUUACUUUGAAAACAAAUUUCAGACACGUUGCCAUUUUUGUCUGUGAAGCUCAUAAAGUGCUGUAGUAUCUUGCAGGUUAAAUUAGUUUUGUUGUGGGUGUCCUCUUUGCUCUCAAACAGUCAACUUUAUCAGAAGCAUGAAGCCGGUUGUUACCUAUGACAACACAUAUCACAAUACAUUUCUGAAGGUAAACAUGGAAUGAUCAAAGACCUACAUAGGUCCAGCAAAUCAGGGUUAUGCAGAAGCCUCUAGUAUCUGUGAACUUGGAGGUGUUUGACUCCUGGUAAAGCAUAUCAAUAAUAUCUUAGCUUUAUUUUAUUUCUAAAUGUGAUGGAAAGCUUUUUCUGUUUCACAGUUCCUACUAAUCUUUGUAACAUUAGUCUGAAAGCUUUUUGUAUGGCUAAAAUUGAUGGCUGGUACAGCUGCCUGUUCUCUGACAAUGAGCUUCAAAGUUUGUGCUUAUUGUAAUGAAGGAGACAUCUCAAGCAAUAGCCUUCACACGUCUACCCAUCUGUAUCUGUUUAACACACAGAUGGGGUAUAGCACAUUCCAGCUUCUCAGGGCCCUGCCCUCCAUGUGAAAGGAACCUUUUAAAAAGUUGGCAUAUAAUGACCCUUGCAUUCCUCUCUGUUCUCUGUCUCCUAACUACCGGGGUGAGGGGGGAAGAUACCCUUUCAUCUCUGGAGCCAUUUACCUAAAAUAGUGCUACCAGAAAUGAGAGAAUAGUGCUGGUAAGUGUUGAACAUGUAAACACUACUUGAGUAAGUGUGUUUGGUUUCCCCUCUUGUAACUCCUGUCUCAUAACUUCCAAGACUUAAACACAUCACUGGGUGAUUUUAAUUAACAACCAUGGUAAUUAAAUCCUUUUGCAAUGCAAUCCUAUACAAGCUUACUCAGGAGUAACUCACUAUAUUCAGUGGGAUUUACUCCCUUGGAAAUGCAUACACUUGCACCCUUAGCUGUAUAAAUUGCUUUACUACUGGUAGUUUUCCAUUAUCACAAUAGUGUUAUGAUCCUCCAUGUACUUAUUACUAAUACUAGUGACUACUAUAGUGCUUGUUCAUAUAAAAUAUUCCUAAUGGAAGUGAUACGACAAGAUUUUGAUGGUACAGCAAGCAGUACCAAGUCUAUUGUCAAAACCUGGCUGCAUAUUUAAUGAGCUCUGUAUGUAGUGCUCUCUCCCGUUAGCAAUAUUCCAAUGUAGUUUUUGGGUACGGGUUAGCAGUGUUCUACCAGAGAGUGUUCUGGGUUUUCUUUCAUGUCCACCUAAAUAGACAUUAAUGAAUCAUCCCCCCCCCCUUUUUUUAAAUAGGAAGCAGAAUACAGAACCUUGACUCGGAAACAAGAAAAUGUAGGUGCUAUAUUUGAGUGAGGGCAGAAAGUAAGAACUGAAGCUUCUUCCUAGCAACACUGGCUUUUUCUCAGUGAAAGGAAGUGUUUAUUUCCCAAACAUUUCUGCAUAACAUUUUCCUGCAUGCAUGCAUGCUGGCAGAGAAACAAACUUAGUUUUACAAACAAAAGUAAGAAGUAAGGAACUACAUUCCUCAGACAACCCUAUGUUUCCCCCAGCCUCCUUACACUCAUUCCCAGCCUCCCAUGUCAGUCCCUCGCUGCCCCUCCAGAUGCUCGUGCCAUUCUCCCCACCCGCCCUGCCUCCUCUGCACCAGUCCCAGGUCAGGCUUUAAUGAACCCCUGCCCACCACCAAAUGCCAUUUGAUUAGCUGCCUCCUGGUGUGUGUGUGUGUGUGGGGGGAGGAUUUUGACACCAGGCUGCCGAUUCUUCCCACUGCACAGACUUAUAAUGUAGCAAACCACUGGUGGAUCAAAUUCACCCCAACAGUAGCAAGUUGCUGCAGGAUGUUAACUCAGUGCAUCUGCGUACACAUUUAUGACUGUAUUUAAUAUUUUAUGAAGAAAACUGGUUUCACCACCCCAAAAUGAUGGUGAAAUUGCAUGUUCCCUUGAGGAAUAAGGCUGAUUCUGACAUUUCUAUACUUGUGUCUAAGUUUAUGGCAGUGAAGUGGUAAGGCUGGAGCCGGUGAUGGGACUUCAUAAUGAUGGAAUAGCUGGGCAAUUUGAAGAACAAGUAGGGAUAGAUAACAUAGGAGAAAACUGGAGAAUAGGACAUCUCUGUUAGGAAAGUGGAAGUGAAAGAGGUGAGAUUUCAAAUCAGAACUCAAAGUUUGGUUGUAGGGGGCGGAUGGUGAGCAGGUUCCACAAAUGCACUCCACACGAUCUGCAGAAAUGCAAAUGUUUUUAACCUGGUGAGUGCAAACGAAAAGAUGCAAGGGAGCUCAUCUGACCAUGCUGGACUUUGGAGACUAUAUUUUAAAGCACUUCUAUAGUCCAAGCUUGAGGGAAAGCUGGAGAGCUGCAUCUCUGCUUUCACACUGGGCUGAAGCAGCAUUUCCUGGCACCUCUAAAACCAAGUAUGACAACAGGCACGACUCGCCACACUAGAGCCUGGGAGAAGAGCAGGGUUUUGUCCUUUACCAAGUUUCAAAGGCCCUCUGAAGCAACAAGGUUUCUUGCUGCUUCAGGGCAUUUCCAAACAGUAGCAUCUCAAAAGAUCUUCUCCCCACACCAAGAUGAUGGGAGAGUCAGUGGCAGCUAUGAACUUUGACUAGCAAUCACAGUCAGCCAAUGUGUGGACCCCUGGUGGUAAAUAUUUAGGCCAAUAAAAGAAAAACCUUACUGGCUGGCAGUAUCAUAAAAAGGGUUCCUAUAAUAAAUGUGUGUCUAAACUUCCCUGUGCCAUAGGGAUUCAGGUACUGACGAGAAAUAAAUAAAGUGGAAAUGUUGGUAGUCAUGAUAGGGAGAACCCAAGGCUUUCUUCCAGCUAGAUGCAGUUGGCAGGCUCUAGUGUUUUAGUAUCCUGAGUCUUCUAGCAAGAUUUCCUGGGUAUUCUAUGUAAAUUGUCAAAUUAUGUAACUAUUACUACUGUAUUGGCCUUGACUACAUAGCAGGUGAUCAUUGGAGAAUUAGCAGACACUGCCUAAUUCCUGCAAAAUUCCUAUAGACAGAGAUUUGCAGGAUCCAUUCAGUCCUGGCUAUGAAGAAGCUUUAAACAUUCCUCUUGGCUAUAUCAGUACUAUACUGCUAUCACAAACACGAGCUAUCCUUUGGAUUUAGCCAUGCUCUGAACUGACCACAAGGUGUCACUAGUACACAAAGAAUCCCUUUCCCUCAGCCACUGACUUCACUGACACUAAAUAGGGGCUUCCAGACACUAUGGUGCUGACCCUUCCUCCGCACAUGUAAAUGCAAAUUAGAUUUUUAAAAUCCAUCCACUCUGUGCAGCUACUUAUGCUGGUGCUUUACUCUUCCGUAAUAGUUUUAGUGUACACUGCAACCUGACAAAUUGUUGUAGAUGCUAAUUUUUUUUAAUAUUAAAAAAAUGGGCCUGGUGAAUUGCACUUGAAUCACUGCAGAGGUUAGUUAGAUUUCUCCUCCUAUCUGGCUCCCAAGGUCUGAAAAACAUUUGCAUCCUUGAUUUGAAUACUGUACCUUUUUUUUUUUUAACUGUCCAGCUAUUUACUAUUUCUGUGACUUUUAUUUAAUUAGCCAGUUGUGAGGAGAUCUUCCCUCCUGACUGCUGGAAAGAAAAAUAGGAGUUUUCUAACUGGGAAUACAAAGGAAACCCUGUUCCUGGGAAAUAUAUUUGUUUAUGAAAGGAGAAUUUCCAAAAUUGAUGUGUUUUUAAAUUGAAGUGGCAGAGCUGUGGUCAUCCUUUUGCCACUCUCCAUUUCUGAAAUGUUAUUUUCUGGGUUAUUCUGGGUUGGGAGGGGCUGUAUUAUUGUAAUUAAGAUUGUAAAGAAUGUAAUUUGCCUGUUUGGGGCAUAAGGGGGAGAACAGAGAACAUUCCUCUGGGCAUGGGUUGGUGCUUGAUUCAAUUUUGAUGAUUGUCUGCCUAGAGGCCUUGCAAGCUGGAUCCUGGUCUCUGUCAAACAGCGGAGACAUCUUCUGAUCAACAGGACUAUGAUCUGCUGCUGUAAGAGAUCUCUCUCCACCAAGCUGUGAAAAUAUAUUACUGAGAAACUCUGGGAGGAUCUUAUUACGGACUGCACAUGGCAGCGUUUGGCUGGAUAGACAACUUCUCCUCCACUAGGUUUUGAAUGGUUGCUGGACCUUCCAUGCCACAGCAGACUGAACUUGGUUGUGAGGUAGGAAGCUAGUGUCAAGAGCCCAUCGUUGGAGAAUUAACACUCAGUGUCAGAGUGACUGACUUAAUUCUUCCCCAUGUGUUCCUCUGUUUUCCCCAACUGGGGCUCAGGUACCUCACUCAGCUGCCUUCUCCACUGCUCCUGGAAGCCACCCCGGUCACUUUCUCUGUCCAUGGAGCACAGCAUCAGGGAUCCUUUCUUUUCCUCUCUUGCUGCUGCAAAGAGCUGGGUUUGAACUCUCCUGGUCAAUACUGGAAAGGGGAAUGCUAUUUAUUUUUAUAUUGUGUAUAUUUUGUCUUGGUCUACUGAUUCCCUUGAUUCCCUGAGAGCGACUGUUACCUCAAUAGUUAGUUUAAUAUUGUGUGUGUGGGUAAUUUUUGUAAGGAUCCUUUUUUUAAAAAAAGCUUGAUCCUUGGAGAUCUGUAGAUUUUAUUUCCAUAAGAAUUGGUUAUUUUGUAUAAAGUAUGUUCUUAAAAUA